AACGCGGAGGGCGGACCCUGAGGGCUCGGUUCUGCCGCUGCGGACAGGCUAUGCUGGGUUCCUCCUUCCAGGGCAGCGAGAACGUGACAGUGGGGGAAAGAAAAGGGCAGCUGUCCGUUGAAAUAAAAGCUCGGGCGGCCUCCAGGAGAACGGCCUCGCGUACGGCAGCCCGGUGAAAAUCGAGACGUUUCUGCCCCGGGCAGUGCAGGCUGGGCCUGCAGCGUUGGUGCAGUGCCUGCUGCCCUCACUGGGCUUCAUCCUCUGGCAUCAGUGGGAGACGAGGUUCCUCCUCAUCCUCAGAUGUGUGGCAGUGCUGGUUUGCUCACAGGAGGCAGUGAACAGUGAAGGCGGUUAACUGCCAGGCUAAUUAAGAACAACCUGUUGGCACAGCUGGAGGAAUUUGACAGGAUGAGGCCUGUCAUUGUGGUACACGGUGGAGCUGGCCGGAUCUUCAAAGAACGAGAAGAGGGAUGCCGUGCUGGUGUCGUCAGAGCAGCGCUGCAGGGUUAUGGUGUCCUGAAACAAGGAGGCAGCGCCUUAGAUGCAGUUGAGGAGGCGGUACGGUCAAUGGAAGAUGACCCUCAUUUUAAUGCAGGCUGUGGUUCUGUUCUUAAUGAAGAAGGUGAAGUAGAAAUGGAUGCAAUUAUCAUGGAUGGAAAAAAUCUGGCCUCUGGAGCAGUAUCUGCAGUUAAAUGUAUAGCAAACCCAAUAAAACUAGCUCGACUUGUCAUGGAAAAGACAAAGCACAUGCUGCUAACUGACCAUGGCGCCCGCCUCUUUGCUCAGGCCAUGGGUGUUCCUGAGAUUCCAGGGGAGAAACUCAUAACUGAGAGGUCUCGGGAGAGAUGGAAGAAGAACCUUGAGCCAGAUUCCAACCCUGUGGAGUUCCAGAAAGACCUGGGAACAGUUGGUGCUGUUGCUGUAGACAGUGAAGGAAAUGUAGCUUGUGCAACAUCCACUGGAGGACUCUCUAAUAAAUUGGUCGGCCGUGUUGGUGACACAGCAUGCAUAGGAAGCGGAGGUUAUGCUGAUAACUGUUCUGGUGCCACUUCAACCACAGGACAUGGAGAGAGCAUUAUGAAAGUAGUCUUAGCCCGACUGAUCCUCUAUCACAUGGAGCAAGGAAUGUCACCAGAGAUGGCUGCUGACACUGCAUUAGAAUACAUGAAGACUCGAGUCGGGGGCUUGGGAGGUGUCAUCGUUGUUAGCAGUUCUGGAGAGUGGGCAGCGAGGUUCUCCACCAAGCAGAUGUCCUGGGCUACUGUAAAGGAUGACAAACUACAUUAUGGGAUUUACACUGGGGAGAGGCAUACAAAGUCUCUUGAUGAAGCACUUGCAUCUGAAAGUGAGGGAUUCUGAGACUGGAGAACCAUUGACUAUGGUCAAAUGAAGAUCUCCAUUCUUUUUUGGAGGACAGUAACAACUGAUUUAAUUUUUCUCGAGAGAUCUGUACUUCAUUGAUUGAUUCACAGACAUUGCUGUGCUUUGACCCAAAAUGAAAUCCGGACAUCAUGAUCAUGGAUAUAUGUACAGUGCUUACUGGUGCCUUCGCACACUCAGAUCUUCCAGGAGAAUGUACAGUUUGAGGGCCGUAGGUUUGUGUGUUUGCAUUCUUUAAUCCUGCAUUAAAGGGAGCCUAAAUUUCAGGAAUAGAAAAGCUCCUUGUCAUGCCUGUUCUCAGAUGCCGCUUCCCGGAUGAUUAAAGAGAUACAUUUUUACUAUCUGAAAACUGAAUUCUGAAAAUCGCAUAGCUCUCCAAUGUAUCUUGAGCAGUCAUACCUCCAUAGCAAAGUUCUUACUGUCAGUGAAAAAUCAUUAAACGAUAGUAAAAAGUUAAGACUAAUUUAUCAUCAUGGGCAAUAGGGUGUAUUGUAUGCUGUUUUCUGACUUAACUAGAUUUUUUUUUUAAACUGUGUUAUAAUUUAAUGGAUUUUAGCAGAUGCUAUGAUACGGGUUUCCUUUGGGGCCAGGUAUGUAUGUAUUGCAUGCCAUCAUACAGUGGAAUGUUCUUAUAACCCAAAUAAACAUAGCAGAAACAUCUUAAA